GCGGCGCGUGGCAGGAAGCGGAAGGAGGCCGGCGGCGAUCGAUCCCUGACGUGUCUCUCGGAAGCCGCCGCCGCCGCCGCCUGCUCUUUGCACCCGUCGGGCGGCCGCCAUGGGGAUUAAAUUUCUUGAAGUAAUCAAGCCCUUCUGUGUUAUCUUACCUGAAAUCCAAAAGCCAGAACGGAAGAUUCAGUUUAAAGAAAAAGUAUUAUGGACAGCUAUCACACUCUUCAUCUUCUUAGUAUGUUGCCAGAUUCCCUUGUUUGGCAUCAUGUCAUCAGACUCAGCAGAUCCUUUCUACUGGAUGAGAGUGAUUCUGGCUUCAAAUAGAGGUACGUUGAUGGAGCUGGGUAUUUCACCUAUUGUGACUUCUGGCCUCAUCAUGCAGCUCUUGGCAGGCGCCAAGAUAAUUGAAGUUGGUGACACCCCAAAGGACAGAGCUCUCUUUAACGGAGCACAGAAAUUAUUUGGAAUGAUCAUUACCAUUGGUCAGUCUAUUGUCUAUGUAAUGACUGGAAUGUAUGGAGACCCAUCUGAGAUGGGUGCUGGAAUCUGCUUACUUAUCACAAUUCAGCUUUUCGUUGCUGGAUUGAUAGUUCUGCUCCUGGAUGAGCUCCUACAGAAAGGAUAUGGUCUUGGUUCUGGCAUCUCUCUCUUCAUUGCCACCAAUAUUUGUGAGACUAUUGUAUGGAAGGCUUUCAGCCCCACCACUGUGAACACAGGACGAGGUAUGGAAUUUGAGGGAGCCAUCAUUGCUCUGUUCCAUCUUCUGGCUACUCGUACAGACAAAGUCAGAGCUCUUCGUGAGGCCUUUUACCGUCAGAACCUCCCCAACCUCAUGAACCUGAUUGCUACCAUCUUUGUCUUUGCUAUUGUAAUCUAUUUCCAGGGCUUCAGAGUGGAUCUUCCUAUCAAAUCUGCUCGCUACCGUGGCCAGUACAACACCUACCCUAUCAAGCUGUUCUACACUUCCAACAUUCCCAUUAUUCUUCAGUCUGCUCUUGUGUCCAAUUUGUAUGUCAUCUCCCAGAUGCUUUCUGCUCGCUUCAGUGGCAACUUACUGGUUAGCCUACUGGGCACGUGGUCUGAUACGUCAUCUGGAGGCCCAGCUCGUGCUUAUCCAGUUGGUGGACUUUGCUAUUAUCUAUCGCCUCCAGAGUCCUUUUCUUCAGUGUUAGAAGACCCUGUCCAUGCAGUUGUUUAUAUUGUAUUUAUGUUGGGAUCCUGUGCUUUCUUCUCCAAGACAUGGAUUGAAGUCUCUGGCUCCUCUGCCAAAGAUGUUGCGAAACAGCUAAAAGAACAGCAAAUGGUAAUGCGAGGCCAUAGAGAAACCUCCAUGGUACAUGAACUAAACAGGUACAUCCCUACAGCUGCUGCCUUUGGUGGUCUCUGUAUUGGUGCCCUCUCUGUCUUGGCAGACUUCCUCGGGGCAAUUGGGUCUGGAACUGGAAUCUUGCUUGCCGUCACCAUCAUUUAUCAGUACUUCGAAAUUUUUGUAAAGGAACAGAGUGAAGUUGGAAGUAUGGGAGCUCUUCUUUUCUAAAUGUAGCUUCUCAUGGACCCAGGAAGAGGGGAGGAACAUUCUUGAAAUAUACAGUCAGGUGAAAAAAAGUAAACUUGAGUAUGUCAUUCUAUAGGAACAUGUAUUUUAAUAAUGUUUCCAAAGCGCAUUCCCUUAUGUUCAAACUUUUCUAGCAUACUGUUUGCAUUUUAUAAAUUGCUGGGGGAAAAAGUGCAAAAAAUUUUUUUGAAGAAAAUUGUUUUUUAAUUAUGUGUUAGGAAAAUGAGCUUUCUGAAUUGGAUUUAGUUCAGUCAUUCUUCAGUUUUUGUUUCAUCCCCUUUCAAAAUGAGUGUACCUGAAGCCUUUGAAGGUUUUAAUAAAUAGUUAUGGGGAAGAUUGUUUGUUUGGAAGGGAUUUUUUGCAUUUAACUUGUGUUUGCAGCUCCUUUGCAGUAGCGGUGAGAAAAAUCUCUCCCUCUAAUGCUUGAGUUCCAUAGUUAUGGUUGUAAGCACAAUGUUUAAUAUAUUCAGUUUUGUGGGUUUUGUUCGAGUAUAGCAGAUUUAGGGAUGCAAUUGUUUCUUUUUACUAAAUUAUAUCUUUAAUUCCAAACGUCUUGUCUUAUAAUUACUAAGCUAAGCCUUUUAAGAUGUUGAAUAUUGGCUUGAGACUGUCGUCAGCUUUCUUUAAAAGUCAGAAUGUGUUUUUUUCCCCACCACCCCUGCUCCAUAAACAGAAAGCUCAGGUCAAUCCAGAUUCUGACAGAGUCUGUGCCUAAGAGUUGCAACUCUGAAACUUGGUAAUACAGGCAGCUUUGUUUUUGAAAAAGAAAAAAGUAAACAAACAAACAACAACAAAACCCUUUUAAUUACAAUUUUUGUUGCUGUUAGCCGUAGCACUUCUAGUUCUGAUACUAACUGACAGAAAUGGAUGUUACAGUUGUUUAGAUGCAAAUCUUGUACCCUUUGCUAAAGCUAAGUUUCUCUGAUCAAUAAUAAAUUCUGGACACGUAGCAAUGAGAAUAUUAUCUGGCUGGUCAUAUCUAGUGAAUUUUGAGACUGUUGUCACAGAGGAGUACAGAAAGAAUGUAGGUACUUGUCUCAGUUUUUUCUCUGUAAUUCUAGAUAUGAGACCCUUGUCAGGUAACUCCUGUUAUUGCUCAUGUAGAAGACUUUACUGUCUUAUAGCCUCAUUGACUUGGAUGGUGGAUAUAAAAAUAAUUUGCGGAAAGGCAUCGGGGCUCCUUUUUUUCAGGGUCAUGCCCUCAAAUCGGAGAAGUUACAGUAAAAGGCUUUAAUGGACCAGAAUAAUCCUUAAUUUUCCAUUUUAAUUUAGAUUGUCAAUAUUAAUCAGGUACCUAGGACCAAAUGCAAAUAUUUGUGUAUGAGUCUUGUAAAUACACUUUUCCUCAAUCAGUAUUGGACAACGUGGAAACCAGAAUGAGAAGUGAUAACAGUGGAAUGUUUCUCUACACUGCAUCAAUAUGACUUCCUGUGCAUUUUUUCACGUUGUGCUGACAAAAUAUAAAUUACUAUUUCUGCCUGGAUUGAUGAGACUUUUUGUUACAUUCCCCAAGAUGACAUCCAGAAGCCCUUGUUAAUACACUGACUCAAAUACCAAAUGCAUGAGAAUUUUGUGAAUCCUGUAUGACAUGCACCUAUCAAUAAAAAUGAAACUCCUGGGUGAAGAUCAGAAUUGGAAAAGGAGCACAAGUGCCAGGAGAAAAUAGCCAUGAAGUGCUUGCUACCAAGUAUUCGCUAUUACUUCACACUACCUUCUGUAAUUUUCCUUUGUCUUUUAUAAAAUAGCAUGCCACAGCACAAUUCUGGAUGUGAAAUCAGAGGCAGUUCAAAAGUGACUUUAAGAGAGGGAAGGACUGUGGCGAGUUUCGUUCAUUUGUUUGAUUUGGCGGGGGGGUGGAUUUCUCCCCCCGCCCCCCCCAGGAAAACAGAUCUUUUCAAAAUGAAGAGGACUUCACUUCUGAGCGUGCAGUUCCGGCAGGGCUGGAGCUGUACUUGCAUUUUUGGUCAUAUCAUCAGUCUGAACAAGUUGCAGUUUAGACCAUCGGUUCUUGAGUGUCUCAGCACUUUUUUUAUGCAUCUGUAUUUUUUGCUGUCUAGUGCUGGAAUCUGUCGAUUAUCAAGCAGCUAUGUCCUCAAAGCAGGACCUGCUGAUCAAGACAGAUGUUCACAGUGGAUGUUCACAAAAGAAAUAAUGCCUAAACAAUCUGCUUUAUAAUGAAAUAAAGUUCAUCUUUGGAA